AUGUCUACACAUGCACGUCACUUGGCCAAUGAAUUCAGAAAACUACAGGGCAGACCAUCACCUCUCGAUGUUCAAAACCUUCUUGCUGCAAUCAACAAACUGGAACAAAUCCACAGUCGACAGUUUCCAGUAGACGACCAGAAUGAAUGUAUCCCUGCAAAUUCACCCACUAGAGAUUCCCUCCGACUGAAACGAGUCCCUGACGCCCUGGCUGGUUUCUGUGUCUCGAAGGUUGAAGAUGAGAUCAUUGCACUGUCUGUGGAGUAUGUGAAGAUAUCUAAUAGGAAACGGAAGGUCGCCUUUUUUAUUGCCAGCAACUCUGAAGUACCAGACACGACACAGCAGCAUUUGAGAGAAAUGUGA